UGGCGAACCGCAAAUGUUACUAUUGUGGCUAGCUUCACACAGGUACUGCCAUACAGGAGUAUAAGAGGCACGGGAGAGAAGCGCACGAACGGAGACGGGGAUUGUUCAUAAAUAUAAACCAUUCUGUUUUCCAUUCUCUCGCAAUGGAAUGUCUAAAUGACGGGUGUCCCAAGACCCACGAGGAAGACAUCAUGGACAUCCCCUUGGAUGACCCCGAGGCCAACAAGGCUGCUGCCAAGAUCCAGGCCAGCUUCCGUGGUCACAUGACUCGCAAGAAAAUGAAGGAAGACAAACCCAGGGAGGAGAAGCGACGGGAGCAGAAGUAGAGGGGAGAGAGAGAGGUUCCUGUACUGUGAGGUCACGGAUCCAGGCAGAAACACACACGCUACUGCAAUAUCAAGACCUGUAUUCAUGAAGAGAAAUAAUGUCACCGUAUCACACAAAUAGAACUAACUAGAUGUAGGUUUGGUGUACCUGAUCAGUGAACUCUCUCCUUCUCACUAACACACACACACUCACACAUACUCUCUUGUUCACAAACACACUCCCCUUCCUCCACUAGUAUCAGGGUAAAUGUCUGUGACCCAAAAUAAUAUUUCACGCCAUGAUUUUUUUUUGUAAACAAAACAAGUGCACUCAAGUGAAAAGUAUGUUUUGAUGGAUUUGAAGGAUGAAGUGGGACUUUGCUCCUUCCAGAGCAAGUGUAAUGGCAAGGUGGACAGUUGAUUUGGGAAAUGUUUGUGCUCACUUAACUGGCUAUAUAAUCAUAUACAUUUUACAAUAGAAAGGUACAUUUCUUUGUGUGUUUUGUGUCACUCUAAUAAAGUGAAAUUGAUUGAAGUAGAAUUGAUAGAACUGCUCAGUAUGUGACGUAUUGAUUUAUGUUAAUGUUUCGUUAUUUAUGGGGGGGAUGACCCAAUGGCACCAUUUUCUUUGUACUUUUUUCUUGACUUUGUUUCUUUGAUUGUCCCUGAUAUAUAUAUAUAUAUAUUUAUUAAAAGUAAAGUAUCUACAUGGUUCAGUAAAAACGGACAAGUGUGAAAGUCUGUGUGGUGUUUGGCUGGUUUGAUUGCUGUGAAAAACAAAUAAAUAGAGGAAUAACGAUUGAAGCAAGUUUGUUACCUUCUUCUUGCCUUAGGCCCUAAACAGCUUGAUUUCUUUCCUUGUGUUGUGGCUAAUAAAUAUUUUAAAUCUAG